CCGAGAUUCGCCCCGAAAUCCCGCAGCGGGCGCCCGGCGGGGACAUGGCAGCAGGCGGGCAGCCGGCCCAGAGCGCGGCCGGCGGCGGCCGCCCGCACACGGAGAGGCCGCGGUGACGCCUCGCCAGGCCGAGGCCGCGGGCAUGGACGCGGGGCGCGCUGCCGGCAGGGACAGCGCCCAGGCGGGGAGAGGAGGAGGAGCGGCUGACUUCGUGUCCGCCCUUCCUCCCGAGAUCAGCUCCCGGAUUUUCAGCGGGCUGGAUGUGGAGAGCUUGUGCCACGCGUCCGUGACGUGCAAGGGCUGGCACCGCGCCAUCGAGGGCAACGAGCGGCUGUGGCGGCACCACUGCCUGGCCGUGCGCGCCGUGUGCCAGCGGGAGAUCGACAGCGACCGGGGGAACGGCUACUCCUGGAAGAUUACAUUGUUGAGAAACUACUGGAAAAGCAAAGUGAAGCAAGAAUGGCUUAGUGGGAAAUACAGUAACAUUCCUUCACAAUUCAGCUUGCCAGAGAAAAGCAUGUAUCCAAUGGAUGUUGACACCUGGGGAGAAAUCUUGGAAGCAGAACUUGAGAGAUGAGAAACCGGUGCUAAUUCUUGCAACUCAAGCAACUUUUGCCAAUAGCACAUGCACUGUUUGGCAGUUGCAAAACUGAUUUUGAAUGAUUUUGGACUGAUAAUGAAUUUAUGAUGGAAGCUUUUCAAAAAUAAACAACCAUGGGUGUCUCUUUUUUUAAUUGCAGUUUACUGUAUUAAUUUUAUGUAAAAUUCUAAAGAUUGCUAAAUAUUCAGUCAUAAUUUAUAUUUAUAAAUUUAAUGUUCUACUGCACUGUCAAAAAUACGCUGAUUGUAAUUUCAGUUUGCACUUUUUGUUUUGAAAGAGAUGAUUUUUAUAUUAAA